CUCUUUAUUACUAUCCUACCCCCUUCCCGCUGUAACUAUUUUUCCUUUCCGAAAUUUCCUUCCGUGCCCUCUACGCAUAGACAACAGGCAGCGGAGCUGAAUCAAUCUAUAUGUGCGAAGCUUUAGGACGCAGUGGUUGCUCAAUUCAUCAAGAACACUUUUCCUUCACUGAAAUUUUCAUAGACAACAAGUGAUUUGGUUGCUGCAACUGGGACUUGGGAACUUGUGGUGACCAAGAAAAAAAACAUUCUGUUGAUUACAGCACCGAUGAAUACAACGUCGUUCUUGGACAAGCAGAUAAUGGAUCUCUCGCAAGGAUCAUCGCAGCAGAAUGACUUCAUCGGCCUGAUGAACCAUCCCCAAGAGGUGGAACAGCAGGUGGGCUACGGUAAUGGGCUUUCCAAGAACGAAAAGAUCUUAUCCGACUAUUUCCAGUCCAUUCGUCCCAUCAUCGGAUCUUCUUUCCAGUCCCCAAAUAUUGAUGCCAAACAUAAUCUUGGAGGUGGAGGAGAAGGAUCCACUAGGGCAUGGAACUCCUCCGAGUCAAAGUCCAACACUACGUCUCCUAUCAGAAAUUAUGGUUCUCUGGAUUCCAUUAAACCGUCAGAGCUUAUUUUAGACAAGGACCAAAAUGUUCCUGAUGCUACAAUUGUGUCAGAGAUUGACCGCACCAUGAAGAAGCAUGUCGAUAGUUUACUUCAUGUGUUGGAAGGUGUUAGUGAGAAACUAACACAACUAGAGAGCAGAACCUGCCACCUUGAAAAUUCUGUAGAUGAUUUGAAGAUAUCUGUGGGAAACAAUCAUGGGAACACUGAUGGAAAGAUGAGACAGUUGGAGAAUGUUCUUAGAGAUGUGCAAACAGGUAUUCAGGUAUUGAAGGAUAAACAAGCAAUAGUAGAGACCCAGCUCCAGCUUGGGAAGACGCAGGUAUUAAAUUCCGAGGUAGGCACUCAAUCGCAAGUUUCUGGGCAGACAGUAGCUUCUGAAUCUACGCAAGCUCACCAACAGCCUCCUCACCCUGUGAAUCUUCCAUCUUCACUUCCUGCUGUCUCUCCACCAAAUGCUCCUCCCCAACCUAUGUUCCAAAGUGUACUACCUUUAGUUCCGCCUCCAAAUCAGUUUUCUCAGAACCAGAUGCCUCCUGUCCCUCAGCGAGACCCUUAUUUUCCAGCACCUGGUCAAACUCAAGAAGCCCCAAAUCAGCAAUACCAGUUACCUCCAAGUCAGCAGUCACUCCCCCCUCCUACAGCAGCACCGCAUCAACAAUUUCAACCUACCACUCAACCACAGCAUUCUCAGCCACCACCUCAGCUGCCUCAACAGCACCCUUCACUUGCACCUGUUAAUCCCUCUCAACUCCGGCCUACAUUAGGCCACCAUGCGGAAGAGACACCUUAUGUUCCUUCCUUAAGUUACCCAACCAAUCCUCCCCAGCCACCUUAUCAGACACCCAGUGGGCUCCCUCCCUCCCAACAGUAUUAUGGUCCAGGUUCCCACGCCUAUGAACCACCAUCUAGCAAAUCCAGUACAGGAUUUUCUUCUGGGUAUGGUCCUCCGUCUGCGCUAGGUGAGACAUAUCAUUACGGUGGAUCACUUCAAGAUGACAGUUCCUCAAUGAAACCACGAAUGCCUUCUUCUGCCACAGCUCACAGUGGAGGAAUUGGUUACCCACAGCUCCCAGUUGCUCGAGUAUUGCCUCAUGCAUCGCCUACCUCUUCUUGGGUGGGCGGUUCUUCAGGUUCAGCUGGGACUGGAAACAAGGUUCCCAUUGAUGAUGUGAUUGAUCAUGUGACAACUAUGGGUUUUCCAAGAGACCAUGUUAGGGCGACGAUUCGGAAGCUGACAGACAAUGGCCAAGCAGUUGAUGUGAAUGUGGUGUUAGAUAAGCUGAUGAAUGACGAGGAAGUCCAGCCGCCUAGAGGUUGGUUUGGCCGGUAGUACAGUGUGCUUGGUUCAGAUUUCUGUACAGGAAGUAUUACUUGUUUCUACAUCCUCUUUUCUGUGGACAUACAUCUCUGUGAAUUUAGAUGGUAAGCCCCUUCACGUGCUUUGCGCUUUGCUUGUACUGUCUUUCUGAAGGAUCUACAUUCCCUGCGCUUGUUUUGAACCUGUUUUCUUGCUUGCCCAGCUCCCGUUAGUGAUUACGUCUCUUCAUCUCACUGUGUAUUGACUCGUAAUAAUCGAAAUUUGAUCGCUGAGUUGCGCCUUGUGUUUUU